AAUGUUUACGGGGGAGUAUGGGGAUAAAUCCGUGCAAUAGAGAAACCAUGGUGCAAUCAUAUACAGUGGGCAGUGGAGUCCUAAUAGAUAGAGGGACUAUCAGGAGAGAGAGCGCGGGGGGGAAUCAUAAUGUAGAAUGGGAAGGGGUGAUAUUUAUAAUAGUCCCCUAUUUCCCCUCCCCCUCCCGAUCCCUAUUUCCCCAUUUCCCCCUCCCUGCCCUCCUAUGUCACCCUGCCUCCAUUUCUCUCUCGCACCUGCCCCUCUCUCUCUCUCUCUCCUCUCUCUGCUCCAGGUGUGGAUUCCGAGGCUCCAGGUCGUUCAGCAGUUCCGGUUAUCCUGCAGUGCCACUGUCUGCCCCACUCCCCAAUCUCCCGAUACCCAUCUUCGCCACAGUCAGUGGCCAACACAAGUACGAGACCCGGAUCACAGUGCUGGAGAAUGGCCUGCGAGUCGCCUCACAGGACAAAUUUGGACAAUUCUGCACAGUCGGAGUUUUAGCAAACGCAGGAUCGAGACAUGAGGCAAAAUAUCCAAGCGGAAUCUCCCACUUUAUAGAAAAACUGGCGUUUUCAUCCACUGCACAGUUUGGCUCGAAAGAUGAGAUCCUGCACACACUGGAGAAACAUGGGGGGAUCUGCGAUUGCCAGUCAUCAAGGUCAGUGUCAUGCAGAAUGAUACCUGUGCUUUGGAACCUUGUCAGUGAGUAAUU